AUCACCAGCAACUUCCUGGAACCAAAACAAAAAUGGAUUACAGACGCACCAAUCCUCUUAAAUACACAUUUGAUGGCCAACUCUUACCCAAAAGUCCUGCCGACGACACCAAUCAUUGCGAACCUCAACGUGGACAGGGCUCCGAGUCAUCCUACAACUCCAGCACAAGCACAAUAGCAGGCCUCCAGGUUGUAGCCGACUCCAUGCUGAGGAUGGAGCUCGCACAGCUGGAAAUGAUGAAGAAAAGAGAGGCUGACUGGUUGCAGGCACAGCUGAGGAGAGCACGGGUGGAGAAUGAGAUUGCUCAGAUGAUGUUGCAGACACAGUCCCAGAUUGCUUCAUUUGUCCAUCAUCAGAAGAAGAACAAUACACGGCCUUGAUAAAACUGUAAUCUGCAACAGAGCAUGUACUAGUUUAUAAUGUUAGAUCUACCAUAAAAAAAUGCGGUUCUAGUCAAGAGCCUGUGUCGAACUACUUUUCAUUUCUCCAUUGAUAAAACAAUAAGCAUAGCCACUAAGGAGAGUGGCAUAUUCAUGGGAUAUUCUAUCCAAUAAUAUACUUAUGUAUGCCUAAUCGUCUCAUUAUUACGGAUGACUGCUUGUUCUCUGUAAGGGUAAAUCCUAUAAAUAGUUCACACUGAAAUUUUAAAGAAAGUCGAACUGAGGCUUCUUUGAAAGAG